UCUUCCGUGCGUGCAUUCUAGCUAAGUUAGAUAUAAUUUUGUAUGCAUGUGAUUGUGUGUGUAAAAUUAGUAUUUCUGUAUAAUUCUUUCUAUAAAAAGGACUUAUGUCACCAAGUGAUUAGAUAUAUAGACAGUACCGAAACUCUCUCCAGUCAUUCUUGAUCCGCGAUUAGCUGUGUGUCGGUUGCUAGAGCCUCGAUUUUUCAAGUCGGAUUACAAACUGCUAGAAUAUGCCGACGUAUAAAUUAAUGUAUCUCAAUGCUACUGGCAUUGGGGAGCCAAUUAGGUUUUUGUUAAAUCAUUGUGGCAUCAAAUUUGAGGAUAUGAGAAUCACCUUUGAUGAAUGGCCAAAGUAUAAACCAAACAUGCCCAUGGGACAAGUGCCGGUCCUGGAGAUUGAUGGUAAGCAAUAUCAUCAAUCUAAGGCUAUUGGACGAUUUAUCGCUAAGAAGGGCAAUUUAUACGGAUCCGAUGAUUUCGAGGCUAUGGAGAUUGAUGCCAUAGUCGAUUCUAUCGAUGAUAUAAGACAAGCAAUGGGCCAUUAUUAUAUGGAACAAAAUCCUACCUUCAAAGCGAAACUUAAGGAAAUCGUCUUCCAAAAAUUAUAUCACUCUCGCGACAAGUUUGAAGAACAAGUUAAGAAAAACGGCGGAUACUUCGUCGGUGGCAAAUUGUCAUGGGCAGAUUUCCAAUGGGCUGGACAUUGUGACAUUCUGAGUUCUAUUCUGGCUGUGGAUCCGAAUGAAGAUCAUCCCGAAUUGAAAAAAUUAGUGGAGAAAGUUCGCGCUUUGCCCAACGUUAAAGCUUACAUCGAAAAACGACCUAAAACUGAAUUUAUCAUGUCGAUGUACAAGUUAACGUACUUUAAGGAUGGAGCCGUUGGGGAACCAUCCAGAUAUUUAUUAAGUUAUUGCGGCAUUAAAUUUGAAGAUGUUAGACUCACUAUGGAAGAAUGGCCGAAGCAUAAAUUAAACAUGCCCAUGGGACAAUUGCCGAUUUUGGAGAUAGACAAUAAGACAUACCAUCAAUCCAGAGCUAUCGCUCGCUUUAUUGCUAAGAAGGGUAAUUUAUACGGGUCUGACGAGUUCGAGGCUAUGGAGAUUGAUGCCACAGUCGAUUCUAUGGAGGAUAUAAGACGAGUUAUGGGCGAAUACUAUUGGGAACAGAAUCCUGUUUUCAAAGCAAAGUUAAAGGAAACUGCCUUGCAAAAAUUGCCUUUCUAUCUCGAUAAAUUCGAAGCUCAAGUUAAGAAUAAUGAUGGAUAUUUCAUCAAUGGCAAACUGUCAUGGCCGGAUUUCAUGUGGGCUGCAUAUUCUGAACGUAUAAGCUUUAUCUUAACCAGGGAUGUGAAUCAGGAUCAUCCAGAAUUGAAGAAGCUAGUGGAGAAGAUUCGCGCCUUAUCCAAGAUUAAAGCUUACAUCGAGAAGCGAUCCAAAAUUCAAUAGU